CUCGUCAUUGAACCUGAUGAUAUGUUGACAAUGAUGGAAAAUAAUAAUACUCGACCGGGGCUCGGCGUGUUCGGAGCUCCCUAAUAGGGUUGCAGCUGAAUGGGGGGAAUCGCAUCCAUAAUGCUACGAGGCAGCAUAAUCAUGAGCCGAUUUCACGAGGAGAUCCUAUUGCAUUUCGGCCGCCAAAGGAAUUGACUUUAACAAAGACGCUUCAAGUGGCAUUGGUGUUUUGGACCAUUGAAUUGCGAAUAGCGCAGCAAUUAAUUGUGGACAACGCAUUUUGGCUUUGAGAGCGCAGUAAAUGCGGUUGCCACGCAUGCGAAAGUUAAAGGAAAUCGUGUGUGUUUAAGGUGACAAGUCGUGGGAAUAGCCAGGCAUGCGAAACCAUCAUCGCAGGCCGGGUAAACCAGGAUUCAGGAUCCAGUAUGCAGGUCAUCCGCCUGUCACGUGCCUAAGCGCCCCGGACAACGCAAUGCAGGUGCCACCGACAGGUCCUUCGGGGAUCGAGGUACCAGGCAGUGGGCUUUCCAGCUGCAGUGCAUCCAGAGCCAUGUGUGACAAAUAUUUAUUAACUGCCACAACUGCCGGGCAUCGGCUUAGAGGCUUGAUCUUGGCAUUAGAGAGCUAAUAAAAAAUUGAUUCCGACUUCGUCGAUUGUCACAAAUAAUGAUUACCACGCAUUUUCGAACACAUUAUCCUGAGGGGGGCAUGACACGCAUCAAAUUGCAUUUAGUUUGUCAUUGGCCUUCUUCUGGGUGGGUUGACUUUUUCGGCUGAUUGGGGGUUCGGGUAUGGGCUUUGCCAAACAAAGGGCCGUAAU